UUCGAUGGAUCGAAACGCGCGUGGUGGAACUUAGAGCCGCGAGUUGUGGAACGUCAACGCUCUUCAGAGCUCCAGAGGAACAACGGUGGAGCGCUCCAACCUUGUUGAUCCACCUACGCCAACGAGACUAAUGGAACGCCAAGGACUCGUCGCUUGGAUUGGAUCUUCCAGUUGAAGUUUGAUUAAAGCUCAAAACAGUUGGACUGGGCAAACGUGUGCUGCUUUCGUUGCCCCUUCUCAUGAGACGACGGAUGAAGUGUGUUUGAGCUAAUUAAGAGACUCUCGUGAAGGUUAGAUCUCAAUUGACUCCAUCCAAACACCAUGACCAACGUCAGUGGCAACAACUUCACCAUGAACAGUUCCUCACUCUCGGCAUAUCAAAGCUUGGAGGAGUUCCGAUACUACACUGUGGGCGUUAUUCUCACACCCAUUUCGAUCUUUGGCAUCCUCGGGAACAUCCUCUCCAUUUUUGUUCUAUCUUGCCCAGAGAUGAAAUCCAACUUCAACCAACUCUUGAUAUGUUUGGCAAGCUUUGAUUUGGUCUACCUGCAGUUGUCGUUUGCCAUCUUUGCCAUGCCUACACUCUCCGUGUGGUACACGGAGACCUUGUUCCCCUAUAUCAUGCCCAUAGGUUAUGCAGUAGCUCAUAUCGGCCGUGUUGGAUCAGUUUUUGUGACUUUAAGUGUGACCAUCGAGCGGUUUGUGGCCAUCGCGUAUCCAAUGAGGAAGACGAAUUUGAAGAAUUCCCUCAUCAUGGCAAGUGUGUUUGGGUCAAUUGUCUACAAUCUGCCUCGAUUCUUUGAAUUGGAAAUGGUCCAAGUUGAUGUUCUGGAUCCAGAAACCAAAGCGAAUGUCACGGUGAAUCGGAUUGCGCCGACGGAAUUACGCUUUAACAAGCUGUACGUCCAGAUCUACGUCGUAUGGAUGAAGUUCUUCCUGGUGGAACUGCUCCCGUAUGUUAUCAUUUGCGUGCUCAACUUUGUCAUGAUUGUCAAGAUUCGUGAGGCCAUGAAGCUCCAGAAGGAGAUGACCAUCAGUCGACAGCCUUCAUUGGAAAGCCAGAAGAAGGAAUUCAAUAUGGCCCUGGUUUUGGUGUGCAUUGUAUUCAUGUUUAUCGCAUGUCAAAGCAUCAAGAUCAUUCCCGAUGUGUACGAGGCCAUGGUGUGCGACUACAGCAAGACGGACACGUCUUGUGAAUCCACAACCACCAUCGAACGCAUCGUAUCCAUUUCCUAUGUGCUCUUGGCCCUGAAUUCCGCCUCCAAUUUCGUCAUCUAUAUGCUCAGAGGGAACAAAUUCCGGCGGGUUCUCUCACGGAAGCUCUGCCAGUUUUUCGGAUACAAACCAUCCUCGCAAUUUGACUCGCCCAGGAUUGGAAACAGCGAUUCCCAGAGUCAUCACACUCGGCACAACGUGAUUGCCCUGACCACGACAGCGACCACAGAGAUGGGCCACACUCCAGUUCAGCCCCAUCGGUCCCUCAUCAAAUUCCACUCAACCCGACAUGAAAGUCCCAUCCAAAUGGUUUAACUCAAAAGUCGCCCCCCCUCUCAGCUGUACAUGUCGUACAUAUAGCAACUCAAAUGUUAUUUAUUUUUAUCUCAAAAAUAAAUGUAAGGAUGUAAUACA